AUGCCGGAUUCCCCGCGGCAGACCGAGAGGCGAGCCUGGAGCUCAUUAAACUGGACAUCUCCAGGACGUUUCCGAGCCUCUGCAUCUUCCAGCAGGGCGGGCCUUACCAUGACAUGUUGCACAGUAUUUUGGGCGCUUAUACUUGUUACCGGCCGGAUGUGGGUUAUGUCCAGGGCAUGUCCUUCAUAGCGGCAGUGUUGAUCUUGAACUUGGACACUGCCGACGCCUUCAUCGCUUUUUCUAACCUGCUGAAUAAGCCCUGUCAAAUGGCGUUUUUCCGAGUGGACCACGGCCUUAUGUUGACUUAUUUUGCUGCAUUUGAGGUAUUCUUUGAAGAAAAUUUGCCGAAAUUAUUUGCUCAUUUCAAGAAAAACAACUUAACUCCAGACAUCUACCUGAUCGAUUGGAUCUUCACCCUGUACAGCAAGUCUCUGCCGCUGGACCUGGCCUGCCGCAUCUGGGACGUGUUCUGCCGGGACGGGGAGGAGUUCCUGUUCCGCACGGCGCUGGGCGUGCUCAAGCUGUUCCAGGACAUCCUGACCAAGAUGGACUUCAUCCACAUGGCCCAGUUCCUGACCCGGCUGCCCGAGGACCUGCCCGCCGAGGAGCUGUUCGCCUCCGUCGCCACCGUCCAGAUGCAGAGUCGGAACAAGAAGUGGGCUCAGGUGCUGACCGCACUGCAGAGAGACAGCCGCGAGAUGGAGAAGGGGAGCCCAGUCCCUCAGACACUGAGGCCGCCGCAGUGGAGCAGCGGGGCACCUGCGUGGAUCCCACUGGACGCCGGCGGCAGGAGGGGACAGGGGUCCUAACGCUGGAGUUGGCCUUAAAACAAAAACACAGCAGAACAGCUGGUAAAGAAUUAAAGCCAGGCGUAGCCUUAAGCAGCGCAGUGGACCAACACGCUGGCCUUGACCGUGGCCAGCCUCCGCGUCUUACACGUGGGUCGGAGACAGGGCAGUGGCCACUCCCUCUCCUUUAUUCCAGGAGGCGCUCAUUAAAUCGCGAUGCUUCGAUGUCA